ACAUUUACUUCGUCUGUAGCUUCAAACUGCCAAUAGAAUGCAAUGCAUCCAGGUAGAGGUAAACGUCGAAAACGCAUUGAAGAAUCGGUGUCAGGGAAUGCUAGCACCAGCAGCGCGACUUCUGUCAUAGCAAGGCUGAUAUAUUUGGAUGAAGAACUUUUCCGAAAAUGGGCAGAAGGGCAAUCGGAGCAAAAUAUCGAAGUGCUUUCCUUCGUUCUCAAUGGCCUUUGCGAUCUGCUCAGUUAUCGAUGUAACGAGUCCAUGAGGCGGAGUAUUCUUCACGAAUUCAUCAGAUGUAUGUCUAUACACGGCGUCCCAUAUCGUUAUGUUCUCAACCUACGUGCCAGCAAGUUUUUAGCCAGGGAAGAAUAUGACGGAAAGUAUCCAGCAACAAAGGAUAUCAAUCAGUUCUUUCGCGCAUUGUCUGAUCUCGAAUAUGGCCUUCGUGCAAAUAUCUGGUCGUUUUUGAAUGUGCAGAUGGGCGCUUUGGUUCUCCACUCAACAUCGCCUUUAGUACAAAAAAGCACAUCCAUCCAACGUUUGAGACAUCAGUUAUCCAUGGCGAGCAGAAGACUAAAUUAUAAAGCUGUCGCGACUCAACUAGCAAAUUCUGAAGUUCUCCGAAUGGCAUCGGAGACAAUAGAGAAAAGGACGAAAGGAUGGAAGGAUUACGAUUAUCAGAUUCAGUUUCUGAUCUACUAUGAUAGUCCCAUCGCAUUCUUUAUGGCACUGCAGUCCAGUUUAGCUAUGGAACAUGACAGUUCGUUUGACAUAGGCAACCGGUUGCUCUUAUUAGCAAGUGUGCAGGCGAUGGUUUACACUACUAAAUCCGCAAAAAACACCAUCAUGAUGCAGUUGUGUGAAGUGCUUAUCGCGGCAUUGCUCUGUGGCCACUUGACUCAUGUUUCUGGGAUACUAGCGCUCGAACGUAGGAUACAUCGUUAUAACAAAGUUUAUGAUAGUAUUGCUGUUUGGAAUGCUUACAAACUUAUAGCCGAGUAUGAAGAGUGGAGAGGUAGAGCUGGUUACGGCGGAAUGAUACUUAACACUGCACAAGCAUUGCUUGAAGUGGCCGAAAGUGAUCCUCCUCAUGGAACAAUAUUCUUGGAAACCGCAUGCAAGAUUUGGGUGAAACUGGGACGACACGAGGAUAAAAUAGCAGAAGCAGUUUCGAGCAUAUUACGGAAGUGCCCACAACUUCUUGGAAGAGUGAUUGCUUUUCUGAAAUCUAUUGACCAUGAUGAUGACGUUGAAGUGGUUAUUGAAGAGGUGUGCGAUGCAGAGCGUAGUGGACUACACGCUAGUGAUGAAGCUUGGGUGGACUGGUGCCAACCACGAAUAGCACGGCCGGAGAAGUAUGGACAAAGACUCAAGGUGCUCGAACGUUGCACUGAUGUUCUUUUCAAAUUUCUUGACUACGGGUCAAAUCGUGAGAAUGGACGUGCAUGGGUACUACUGCAUACUGCGGUACAGUUUGUCGAGCCAUCAUAUGUAACACGAUUAUGGUUGGAAAGGUAUGACUGGUGGCCCCGUUUCCACAUGACCCCGCUUCCUCCCGAAGCAGCGUCUCGACGCUCCCAGUUAUUAGCUGCUCUUGCUGAAAUGCCUGUUGAGUGAUAUAAUGAUCUUACGAGUAUGUUGUUAUGCUGCCGUAUAGCGGUGUUUUUCUACAUAGAUUUGAUUUGAUUGUUGACAUAUUCGUUAUGUUGUCGUUACGCGCCGUACUUGAUCCUCUUGAUCCACUUCGUCAUUGG